AUGGAACAAAAUCAAUCUCAAACAUCAAUUUUGACCAUAGAUACAAAUUCAAGUUCAUCGACCAUUGAAUCAAAUAUUAAAUCAAAAAACACAAAUACCGAAGAGAAUAAUAGUAUAUCAAUAGGAGAAAUUAUUCUUUAUGGUUCAUGUCUUAUUAUUAUUUGUACAAUUAGUUUUACUCAAGCUAACAAUUCAACAUACCAUUAUACAAAUAUGUUAAGAGAAGCAUUUGUUACUUCACAAACCGAUGAUGGAAAUACAUUUAAUGAUAUUGCACAAAGCAGUGGUGAAGAUUUUUGGAAGGCAUUACAAGGACCUAUUUGUUCACGAUUGUAUAAUAUUGAUAAUACUGAAACUAAUACACCACAAAUUGAUUAUGGUUACAUAUAUAAUGAAAAUAAAAUUCUUGGAGUUGCACGAUUAAGACAAGUUCGAGUUCAACCGAAUUCUUGUGAACUUCAUAAAGAAUUUGCUAAACGAAAUUUUACUCAAGAAUGUUAUGCAGAAUAUACAGUUGAUAAAGAAGAUCAAGAUUCAUUUGGUAAUAAUUCAUUAAAUAUCUUUACAUCUGAUGCUUGGAAUUAUACAUCUGCUAAACAGACUAGAACAAGUGCACAUGCAGGCGUUGUCUCUGAAUAUGGUGGUGGUGGUUUUGUACAAUUGUUUACUCGAAAUGCUAAUACUACAAUUGAAAUUCUUCGAGAAUUACAAAGAAAUUCAUGGAUUAAUCGAGGCGGUGCUAUUACUUCAACAUCUAUUCGAGCAGUUAAAUUAAUUCGAUAUACAACUUCCAUUGAUUAUUUAUCUUUUAUUUGUGAAAUAAUAUUUACUCUGAUUGUUAUUCUACAAAUUUUCAAUAAAAAAUAUUUAUUUCUAUUUAAUCUAUGGAAUUUAAUAAAUCUUAUUACAAUUAUUCUUUCAUUUAUACGUAUUCUAUAUGAAAUAGUGAAUCAUUUUUUAACAAAAAAAAAUCUUGGAAAUUUAUUAAAAAUCGAAAAUAAUUAUCCAAAUUUUGAUGAAUUAUUCAAUCUUAAAAUCAAUUCAGAUUUUUAUUUAGGUGUAACACUUGCAAUAACAUGGUUAAAAAUUUUUAAAUAUUUAAAUAUAAAUAAAACAAUGCUUUUACUUAAUAAAACAAUAUCAUCGUGUUUAAAUGAAAUAUUUGCAUUUACUUCAAUUUUUUUAAUUAUUUUUCUUGCUUAUACUCAACUUGGUUGGAUUUUAUUUGGUAGAUAUUUAACAGAAUGGAGAUCAUUUCGUACAUCAAUUUUUGCUUUAUUUCGAAUGAUACUUGGAGAUUUUGAUCUUUAUGCCAUGAGAAAUAUUGGUCAAAUAAUUGGACCAUUAUUUUUAUUUUCAUAUAUUUAUUUUGUUUAUUUUGUUUUAUUAAAUAUGUUUUUAGCUAUAAUAAAUGAAACAUAUUCAAGAGUUGAAUCAGAUAAAACAUUACAAACAUUUAAAAUAAAAAAAUUUUCAAUGAAUUUCUAUCAAUUAAUACCGAGAAAAAAAUCAAUUGAUUAUGAAACAAAUUUAAAAAUUCGUGGUUAUACAGAUGAUGAUAUUAAAAAAAUCGUUAAUAAAUAUGAUAUAAAUAAGGAUGGAAAUUUAGAUGAAAGAGAACAAAAAAUCAUGAAACAUGAUUUAGAAACAGGACAAUUAAAGCUUAAUCAAAAGUAA